AUGCCGACUGCAAGCACAACUCUUGGAUGGACCCUGGCCAACUGGGGCUCAGCGCCAGCCACCUGGACAAGCUCGUCAUGCAGCCAGCCCAGCCAGAUCUACUACGCAGACAACGACAUCCCCUCUAUCCCCGCCAUGUUUGAGUCGUGCCCUGCCACGACCCUAGACGAUUGCGGACCGCGGCCCACUAACUCAGACCUGGUUGACGACUUUCUGAGCGAUCAGCGCAAUAUCCCCUACUGGUCCCCGGGAGUCCGAUGCCCCUCGGGGUGGACAUCUGUCGGGGCUGCCUCGCGCCCAAGCGAUGGACAAGUCAGCACGACUGGCAUUUUUACGGUAGACGCCCUACCAACAGGUACUUGGAGCGACGAUGACAGUGGCGAUAUUGCACUGGGUGUUCAAGGCGCCCUCGGCGCACUCCUCGAUCCCAGCGAAACAGCCAUCGCUUGCUGCCCAAGUUCAAUGUCAGUCGGCAGAAACGGGGUUUGCUACUCCACGCUCCCAUCGCACAGCAUGUCGACAGCCUGCUUCGCUGACUUUGGCGCACGGGACCCGGAUCUGGAGCGUGUCAGCACGACGUUCGUUCUCUUCGGCGUCACCCAUACUGGUAAUAUCCUUGUGCCUACAGUGACGGUUCCAAGGACACCGACUCGCACGACGACUCGGACUCUGGAUGCUCGCGAGACUGAGGAGCUGGUUGCUGCGACUUUGGCGGGGCCGAUUUAUCUUGUGCACCGGCCUAGGGAUGGGGACGGCAAUGGAGAUGGCAAUGGCAAUGGGAAUGGUAAUGAAAAUAACAAUGACAGUGAUUCGUCAAACUCGGACAAUGACUCUGGCGAUUCUGGUUCUGACCAGGAUAAUGGGGCGUCCAGGAUGGCGAUGGCUGGGAUUCUGACGCUUUCUCUGCUGGCUGGGAUGGCUCUUGUGCCGUGGUAG